AUGUCCAGCGAUUCUGACUCUGAUCUCGAAGUGAUUGAUGUUUUGCGGACCGAUAAUAGCGGACAACCGGUCCGUACACUCACUGGCCGUUCAGUGCCGACCACUGGCCGUAAAUCAAAGCCCAAACACACCGAUACGGAUCAGCACUCGUCGACUACUGGCCGUAAAUCAAACCGUCGUAUUGUUAUUAUCUCCGAUACGAGUAGUGAUGAAGAGAGUGGACCCGAGAAGUCGGCCGAUAGUCGGCCGCCAGCGGUGAUCGUCGAUGGCAUCCGUGAGGACUCGUGUCACGCGUGCGAUAUCGACGGCUGCGGCCAAGUGUUCGUAUGGAAGUGCGAUCUCUCUGUCCACCGGACAACUGUCCACCAAAUCGGUAGUCAUCAGCCGUUUCCGUGCGACCGAUGCCGGCAUUGCUUCACAACUGCGGCCGACUUGGAGUCCUACCGGAGGGCACGUCAUGAGACACCUGUCGACCGGCGCCGGCGACUGAUGGCCGCUAUAAAGUCUAAUAGACUAUCGGGUGGUCGAGUGUCCGUUCGGCGGCGAUCGGCCGCUGUCGAGCACUACGAGUGCAGGUUUUGCGACCAAAUAUUUGACACAAAGGCUCAGCGCAAUAGCCAUCGGCUCCGACACCACGUGACGAUUGGCGCCGACUAUGACUGCGAUUGCGGUAAAAGUUUUAAGUCCGUUGAGGCUCUCGGGUGUCACCGACAGGCCGUCCACUCCGGGCGUCGACUGACGGACCACUUCUGUGAUAAGUGUGGCAAAGGUUUCCGUACUUUGGAUGCUAUGAAUCAACACAAACGCCAUAAACAGCACUGA